AUGCGGCGCCCGGUCCCACGUCUGAGUGAUGGAGCGCCUGACCCCGGGGUCAGCCAGUCAGCGGACCGCAGCUCAACAGAGAACGGGCUGCCGCGGCGGCUGCGCACCGCCUACACCAACACGCAGCUGCUGGAGCUGGAGAAGGAGUUCCACUUCAACAAGUACCUGUGCCGGCCGCGGCGCAUCGAGAUAGCCGCCUCGCUGGACCUCACGGAGCGGCAGGUGAAGGUGUGGUUCCAGAACCGCCGCAUGAAACACAAGCGGCAGACGCUCAGCAAGGCGGGCGGCGGCGCCGGAGACCACAACAACAACAACAAUGCCAGCUCGGGGGCGAGCAGCGUGUCCAGCUCCAUCAGCAGCGCCUUCGACAAGAUGGCCACCGAGGACGACUCGCGCUCCACCGGGUCGCCACCUGGCGGGCCGCACCAACAGCACGCGGCGGUGAAGCAGGAGUCGGCGGCCGCCGCGGGCAAGACACCCCCGCCGCCCACGUCGCUGCUGGUGUCCACCAAGCGGGAGACGGUCUCCGUGCUGGACUCCGCGGCGCUCACGCCCGCCUCCACGCCCAGCCCCGGGGGCGGCGGGGGCGGAGCCGGGGGAGGGGUGCCCGGGGGUGGAGCCUACGGCCGGCCGCAGAGCGGGGUGCCGCCCCCCGGCGUGCUGAGAGGCGCCGUGGCCGCCGCCGCCGCUGCCCAGCCGUGCUUCAGCCCCCAGAGGCUCUACCAGGACAACACCCCCUUCCUCAGGCAAUACCCUCGACCAAACGGCAUGCAUCCGUCGCCACGGGGAACCACGUCUGGGGGCGUGAGGGCGGUAGGCAGUGGUGGGGGCGUGGUGGUGAACCCAGCCUACCAGGCCCCCCAGCCACCCCCACAGCCGCCCCCACAACAACAGGCUCCCCCGCCGAUGCAGCCGCAGCAGGGCCUGCCUCACCACCAGUACCACGCUCUGCCUGCACACCAGUCCGGCGGCGGCUACACCAGCUACAACGGCUACCAGCCGGAGUACACGGCGGCCGCGUACGCCGCCGGGGUCUACGCAGACGGGGGCGGGGCCUACAACCCGGAGAGCGUUCACCACCAGCACCUGGUGCACCACCAGACUGGGCCGGAGUACUACCACGACGGCAUGCACCACCACCAUCACCACCACCACGCCCACCCGCACCAGCACCACCAGCCGCAGCAACAGCAACAGCAGCACCAGGCCGGCCCCAUCGUGGCGCAGCACCAAUCCUUUGUGCAGCAUCCCCACCACCAGCACCACCAGCUGAACCACGGGCAGCAGCAGCUCGAGUACGCCAAGCACCAGCAGCAGCACCACCACUACUACGAGCACCACCAGCACCAAGGGCACCACCUCGUGCACCAGGGGGGCGACGCUUCCACCAUCCCGUCCAAUUUCGUCUCGUCGCCCGACCCCUUCCCCUUGACCAACGCCAACUCCAACGGCACUGCCAACGGCGCCAACAACAACAAUAACAACCCCGGCACGCCCAACAACAACAGCAACAACGGCGGCAGCAACCAGACGACGCCCAACGGCGCGCCCCCGACGCCGGCGUCGGCGUCUUCCGCGACGAUCAUGACGCCGCCCACCAGCGUCCACCCCUCGGAGGGCUCCGGAGAGAGCGGCGGCUUCGGCACUGGGGGCGGCGGGGGCGGCUUCCACCAUUUCUACAGCGAACCGCCGCCAGAGAGCAGCAACAGCUCGGCCGAUUUCAACUUCCUGAGCAACCUCGCCAAUGACUUUGCCCCCGAAUACUACCAACUGAGCUGAAGCCUACGCUCUGUGGACUGAAGACACCGUGUGCCGAACAUUUCUCCAGCUGCCGUGCGGCGGACAGCUUCAAUAACAGGAAAACGGCAGCUGAUCCAGCAGCUCCCCCAACUUCGCCCCAGAGUAUUUCCAGCAAAGCUGAAAGUUAUGCUCUACUGAAGUUACGAGGCUGUAUGUCGGUGGUUGCCUCAACUGCCCAGUGACGAAUAGCUUUAAUAACGCAUUGAUGAUGCGACUACAGUCGUUAAUCACUCAGAAAUUGUUACGAACCCGACACGCUUUGUAGAUGAACACUACCAAACUUUGAACUCUCACGUGCAGUUGUUUUCCCAUUGCCUUAACAAACUAGAGGGCUCCUCGCGUUUCUCAGAAUUUCACAUGUGGUCUAAAUGAAGUUGAAUUAUUAAUGUGUGUGAAGCAUGCUUUUAAAAUCAGUGCGAAGGUGUCAAAAAGUUCAACAGUCCCAAAUGUUCUUUACCUGACCUCAAAUUGACCAGCGUUUUCGAACUGAACGUCGAGAUUCCGAUGCACACACACACACACACACACACACACACACACACACACACACACCUCCGGACUGCCAUUCCACUUCAGUGUUUCAAAAUGAAAGUUUGAUACACAGGGUUUUAAUCACUGAGCUAGAAUGUCCCUAGUCAAUCGGUUUCCUUCCUCCUGGUCUUGCUGUCAAAUUACUUUGCUAUAUUUUAUCGUAGGACGCUGUUUAU